AAGUCAAAGCCCUUGUUCUUCUUCCUGGGCGACUCGAUCACGGAGCAAGCGAUUGAUCCAGCGAAGGGCGGCUACAUCCCACUACUGCAAAACAUGGUCUCCCGCUCGGCUGACGUCGUCGCCCAUGGACUUUCGGGCUACAACACACGAUGGGUGCUGAAGUACGCCAUGCCGGUCGUGGAGGAAGAGAUCAAGAGCCGCACGUACACUCCGUCGGUAGUCACGAUCUGGUUCGGCACCAACGACGCCGUCAUCAUGGACGGCAGCAGAGCAGAGAAGCACGUCUCGGUUGAAAACUACCAGGAAAACCUGGUAACCAUCGUACGCAAGUUCCAGGAGCUUCUGCCUUCGGCCGACAUCCUGCUGAUCACACCGCCACACGUCGAUGACGAGGCCAGACGCGAACAUGCAGAGGAAAAUACCGGCAAGUUCAAGGGAGUCGUGGACCGCUCUCACGCCAGGUCGGGCAUGUACGCUCGUGCAUGCGUCGAGACGGCCAACAAAAUUGGGGUGCCCGUGCUAGACUUGUUCACGUAUUUCAGCAGCGAGCCUGAAUCGGUUCGGAACUCGCUGCUGUGGGACGGACUGCACUUUACUCCCAAGGGCCACGUCAUCGUGAGCAAGUUGAUUCUGGACAAGAUGAAAAGCGAGUUUCCUGCUGUUGAGAAAGCGCUCAAAACCUGGAAGAUCAUUGGAGCUAGCGUACUGUGCGAGACCGACCCAUGGGUUCCAGGCAAUACC